UCUAGCCUAGUGUCACUGGUUCAAUGCGGGGAUUCAUUCACCAACAUGUUCGCAAGGUGGAACACUAGAAUAGAGAAACUCAAAGGCACCGAACCGGACUUUUACUGGAGGGGAAGGCGCGCGCUGAGCGGGGCUUCGAAUGACACGAGCCAGUCACCUUGCGGUCUGAAAGCGGCAGGCGCAGCAGGAAAUAACCCAAACAAAAAACACAAGCUCACCAACCGCAGUUCUCCCUGAGUGGAGUUGUGUCAGAAAGACAAACACAUAUGACAGUCACUCCUCAGCACAGUGUGAGGAUCUAGAGAACGGUCAGAUAACGCUGCCCCGUCGCGAGACAGACUGUCUGAGAGGAGAUAGAGAGAGGGGGAUUGAGAGACCAGCGCAGAGAAGAGAAGAGGGGGUUUGGCGCGCGAUGCGUGAGCAGACAUAGCACCGGCAGAGUUUGUGCGUGACAUGAAGACGAGAUGAGCUCAAGCUGUGGCCUUGGUCGCGAGCAGCCGGUGCUGGUUCUGCCGUUAUCCCGUCGAAAUUAACGAGGUCGUAGGCUACAUGUGAUGACACGAGCCCCCCGACCGUGGCAGGGUCAGAUUGACACGGUAAUGACCCGCCCCUUUACCUGUCUGUUACCUGUUACCAUGGACACCACUGCUUCACCAUAGAGGAGGAUAUUCCUCAACCAACCAGAGUGGAGUUCGGUUUCGACCAGAAGGAUUGAAAAGUAUUUCCCAGGAUACACUGCUUCUCACUGGCACUCGUUAUUGUUAACGUGGCAAUGGCCUUUCCUUGACCUCUGCAGCAGGAGGAGGAAGAGGAAGUCUACAUUUUUUUGUUAUUUUUUGGGGGCCUUGCUACCACUCCCCAAUAUGGAGAGGAACUUUACUCUUAUGAAGCGUAGUAGUUCUUGACCAAACUGGACAUCAAGACACCUCAUCAAGACACCUCAUCAAGACAUAUUCUUAGUUAACAAACUGACCGAUGAGAUGAUCUGGAUCAUCCUGGUUCUGCCCAUGUGGGCGUGGCGUGGGACUGUUGGCGAUUCCCAGUCUAACGAGCGGCGAGUCGUGGCACACAUCCCUGGUGACAUCAUCAUAGGAGCCCUGUUCUCUGUCCAUCACCAGCCGACAGCGGACAAGGUACAUGAACGUAAAUGCGGUUCGGUGCGUGAGCAGUACGGUAUCCAGCGUGUUGAGGCCAUGCUGCACACUCUAGACCGUAUCAACGCUGACCCCCGGAUCCUCCCCAACAUCAGCCUGGGCUGUGAGAUAAGAGACUCCUGCUGGCACUCUGCUGUGGCCCUGGAGCAGAGCAUUGAGUUCAUACGAGACUCCCUGGUGUCCUCCGACGAGGCCGAGGUGGGGGGAGGCAGUGUGUGGGGGGGAGGCGGGGGAGGAGCCGAUGGGAGGGGAGGGCCGAGGUGUGCGGACCCUGCUGCAACCCCUAUGCGGGGGAAGAAGCCCAUCGUCGGGCUGAUAGGACCAGGCUCCAGCUCUGUGGCCAUCCAAGUCCAGAACCUCCUACAGCUCUUCAACAUACCCCAGAUCGCCUACUCUGCUACCAGCAUGGACCUCAGUGACAAGAGUUUGUAUAAGUACUUUAUGAGGGUGGUGCCAUCGGAUGCUCAGCAGGCCAGAGCCAUGGUGGACAUUGUCAAGAGAUACAACUGGAGCUACGUCUCUGCCAUACACACAGAGGGUAACUACGGGGAGAGUGGGAUGGAGGCGUUUAAGGAUAUGGCUGCCAAGGAGGGCAUCUGCAUCGCCCACUCUGGUAAGAUAUGGAGCAACGCGGGGGAAAAGAGUUUUGACAGGCUGCUGGAGCGUCUCAGAACCCACCUGCCCAAGGCCAGGGUGGUGGCCUGCUUCUGUGAGGGCAUGACAGUCAGGAACAUCCUCAUGGCCAUGAGACGACAGGGCCUGGUGGGGGAGUUCUUAUUGGUUGGCAGUGAUGGCUGGGCGGACCGGUACGACGUGACAGAUGGGUACGUGCGCGAGGCGGCGGGGGGAAUCACCAUCAAGCUGCAGUCAGCUGAUGUGAAGUGGUUUGAUGAGUAUUACCUGAAGCUGCGGCCGGACAACAACCUGAGGAACCCCUGGUUCCCUGAGUUCUGGCAACACCGCUUCCACUGUAGGCUGAAGGGACACCCACAGGAGAGCCUCAAAUACAACCGCACCUGCAGCAAGCGGGAGUCAUUGCGACAGCAGUAUGCCCAGGACACUAAGAUGGGCUUUGUGAUCAAUGCCAUCUACUCCAUGGCCUAUGGGCUCCAUAACAUGCAGCGCUCACUCUGCCCAGGCUACCAGGGGCUAUGUGAUGCCAUGCGACCUAUAGAUGGUGCCACACUGCUGGACUUCCUGAUGAAGACCAACUUCACAGGCGUGUCUGGAGAGGGCAUCCUGUUUGACGAGAACGGAGACUCACCUGGCCGAUAUGAGAUCAUGAACUUUAAGAAGAUGGGGAAGGACUACUAUGACUAUAUUAACGUGGGGAGCUGGGAUAACAGUGGGCUGAAGAUCGAUGAUGAUGAAAUCUGGGCCAGCAAGGACACCAUCAUCAAAUCAGUCUGCAGCGAACCCUGUGACAAGGGACAGAUAAAGGUGAUCCGUAAAGGAGAGGUGAGCUGCUGCUGGACCUGCACUCCCUGUAAGGAGAAUGAGUUUGUGUUUGAUGAGUACACCUGCCGAGCCUGUGACCUGGGUUCCUGGCCCACCUUCCACCUCACAGGCUGUGACCCUAUCCCAGUGGAGUACCUGCGUUGGGGGGACCCAGAGCCCAUUGCUGCUGUGGCAUUUGCUUGUUUGGGACUCUGUGCCACAUUCUUCGUCACCUCCGUCUUCAUCAGGUUCCGGGACACUCCGGUGGUGAAGUCGUCUAGCAGAGAGCUUUGUUACAUCAUCCUGGCUGGGAUCUGUCUGGGCUAUCUCUGUACCUUCAGUCUCAUCGCCAAGCCCCACGCUGCACACUGCUACCUACAGAGACUGGGCAUAGGCCUGUCCCCUGCCAUGAGCUACUCUGCCCUGGUCACCAAGACUAACCGUAUAGCCCGUAUCCUGGCUGGCAGUAAGAAGAAGAUCUGUACUAGGAAGCCCAGGUUCAUGUCUGCAUGCGCCCAGCUCGUUAUCGCCUCUCUACUCAUCCUGCUGCAGCUGGGCAUCAUAGUGGCUCUCUUCCUCAUGGAGCCCCCACAGGUGAUCCACGAUUACCCCAGCAUCCGGCAGGUCAACCGCAUCUGUUACACCACCAACCUGGGCGUGGUGGCGCCGCUGGGCUACAACGGCCUGCUGAUCCUGAGCUGCACCUUCUACGCCUUCAAGACGCGUAACGUCCCAGCCAACUUCAACGAGGCCAAGUACAUCGCCUUCACCAUGUACACCACCUGUAUCAUCUGGCUGGCCUUCGUGCCCAUCUACUUCGGUUCCAACUACAAGAUCAUCACCAUGUGCUUCAGCGUCAGCCUCAGUGCCACUGUGGCUCUCUGCUGCCUGUUCGUACCCAAGGUGUAUAUCAUCCUGGCCAAGCCAGAGCGUAACGUGCGCAGUGCUUUCACUACGAGCACGGUAGUACGCAUGCAUGUGGGUGAUGGGAAGUCCUCCUCGGCCGCCAGCCGCUCCUCCAGCCUGGUCAAUCUCUGGAGGCGACGCUGCUCCACUGGAGAGACCCUCAGUUCCAAUGGGAAGUCAGUAUCCUGGGCCCAGACGGAGCGGGGUUCCCGUGGAAACCACCUGUGGCAGCGACUGUCGUUCCACAUCAAGAGGAAGGAGAACAACCAGACAGCUGUCAUCAAGCCCUUCUCCAAGACCCCCGAGGGGCGCUACAGUGGGGGCGCUAACCUUCACCCCCACAUGCCCCACUCCCACCGUGACGCAGACAAGACCCUGUACGAGCUCACAGAGGCAGAGGAGAGAUACGCUGAGGAGAGAUACCCAAUUACCUACCGGCCCCAGACCCCUUCACCAAUCAAUACUGUCAGCCAGCACCUGCAUGGGGCGGGACUAAGGGAGGAGCUGACCGGGGGUUCUGUCGGCGGGGGCGAUGUGUUUGACAGUUCUCUGAUGGAUCAGAUCAGCUGCGUGGUUAACCGUUUCACUGCCAACAUCAGCGAGCUCAACAGCAUGAUGCUCUCCCCGUCUCCCACACACUCACACACAUACUCUCACACACACACCCUGACACCCUCCCACCAUGCAGACCCCUUUCUCCUCCCCCGGGAGAUCCCUCUCCCCCUCACCAUGACCACAUACGCUGACGUCCAGCCCCUCCCCCCUGUAGAGUCCUACGCAGGGGGACACGCCGGCCUCACUCACCCCCUGCCUCACCCUCGCCUCCUAACUCACCCUCAGGCCUCCCACUCUCCGGUGCGACACCUCACUGUGGGAGUGGAGUCCCCUCUAAGUAGGGCAGAGCUGGACGAGGAGCUAAUGAAUUUGACCCCGCCCUCACCCUUCCGUGAUUCGCUGGGGUCAGGAAGUGGCUCCCCGGUCUCAGAGUCCACCCUGUGUCUGCCCCUGCCCUCGUCCCCUCCGCCCAAAUAUGAAAUGCUGACCCUGAGAAACUACAGCCAGAGCUCUUCCUCACUGUGAGAGAGAGAUGAGAGGCGAUGAGGAGAAGAGGAGGAGAGUGGAAGGACAGAGAAGGAGAGGGACCCGGGAAAAUACAGUCUCUUGGGGGAGAUAAUGGUGAUGGCUACCUUGUGAUAGUGGGAGGAGGAGAGGAGAGGAGGAGAGGAGGAGAGGAAGAGAGGACGAGAGGACGAGAGGACGAGAGGAGGAGAGGAUGAGAGGAGGAGAAGACAAGAGGAGGAGAGGAAGAGAGGAGGAGAGGACGAGAGGAGAGGAUGAGAGGAAGAGAGGACGAGAGGACGAGAGGAGGAGAGGACGAAAGGACGAGAGGAGGAGAGGAUGAGAGGAGAUUGACCAGUCCCUCAGAGAGAUGAAAGCCCUGUACUGGCUAGGAGGGACAGGAACAGGACACAUCAUUGUGUGAUGUCAUUGGACGGUGACCUGCAGUGUUUGUGUUUACAUGUGUUCAGUGAGCAGCGAGGUAUAACGUGAUGAUUGUAGUUUGUUUUUGGCAAGGACUACAACAAGGACUACAAAAAAACUUAUAGCGUUCUGGUGUUCAAACGUAUGGCCAGAAGUCUCUCCAUAGAGGUGUGUUUGGUCAUUGUUUUGGUAGUGGCCUUAACUAAAAUGGCUGUCAACUAAUUAGAGAUGUUUAUUGUGGGUAGCAUGGAGGUAGGGACACAUAUGGACCUACUGAGUGUCUAAGACACUCUAACCUCACAGGACUAACCAGCUGUUGCCAUGGACACACAUGGAGUAACCAUAAGGGCUGGGCAGAGCAGCUAUGGCCACUGGCACACCGACACACACACGCACGCACGACUGCACACACACACACACACACACACACACACACACACACACACACACACACACACACACACACACACACACACACACACACACACACACACACACACUUGCAUAUCGACUGUUGUAGGGGAAAGUGUAAAUACAAAAAGAUCUUGGAUGGUAUCUUAAUAGCAAAUUAUUCUGUUUAUACAUACCAUGUAUAGUAUGAAAACCUCCAGUGGGGUUCGGACUUCUCUCGCUGUAUGAUCUGAUCUGAGUACAGUGUGUGUUUAAUCUUUCUAUUGAUUUAGCAGAGACCUUGCUGUUCACAUUCACACAGACUAACUAUCGCCCCAGGGUCUGGAGCAGUAUUCUCUCUCUCUCUCUCUCUCUCUCUCUCUCUCUCUCUCUCUCUCUCUCUCUCCUCUGUCUCUCACUCUCUCU